GAGUCUUAAUAAAAUGGCAUCAUUUAAGGUCUCGUAAAAUUGUCACGAUAAGAAUUUGCUUUGAGUUUUUAAUCUAAACUUUCAUUUACGACAAUAAACCAUUUUCAUUUAGUGAGUGACUAUAAAGCUAACAAGCUGAAACAUCAAAUGAAGAAGAAUCAGUUUAUUUCAACAGUUAUAAAAAUAAUAUUAAACAUUUUUCAUCGGAAACUUUUAUAAAAAAAUUUAAACUUCAGAGAUAUUUAACAAAUUCAAUAAAAUUAUAGAAUUGUUUAUGGAUAGUUAACACUUUAUAGACUUCUGAUUUGAAUAUUGAUUUUAGCAUAAGUAAGAAAAUAUAAAUCAUCAUUUCAUUUGGUGUGUCAUCGUUCAAAGAAAAAGGGGAAUUUGUGACGGAACGGAGUGUGAAUCAAAUUUGAAGAAAACAGAAUAAAAAGUGUAUAAAACAACUCUUCAUCAUAUUUAUAGACAAACUACAACAAGUUUCGUAAUUGAAUACUCAAAAGUUCAUUUUUUAAAAUCGCGAGAGUCAAGAGAGAAGAAAAAAAUUGACAAAAGCCGUGUGUAGAAACAAAAUAAUUUGAUAAAAAAUCAUCAGUUUGGUAAAGAGUCGGCAACAAGAAACAUCUUACUUUAAAAAAUAAUGGACAUGCAAUCAUUGGGAUGGAAAUUUCUUCAUAAGGAAACAUUUGCUCAUUCGGAUGUUUUAUUUUUAGGUGACACUGCAAACUAUGUAAAUAUUCCACAUGUGAUCGCGAUGGUUGGCUUGCCAGCAAGAGGAAAAACUUAUAUAGCAAAGAAAUUAUCGCGUUAUUUGAAUUGGAUUGGAAUCAAUACUAGAGUCUUUAAUUUGGGAGAAUACCGUCGUAAUGUAACGCAGGCUUAUCGUAAUCAUGACUUUUUUCGUACCGACAAUAACGCAGCGAUGACGAUUCGAACGAAUUGCGCCAAGCAUGCAUUAGAGGACGUUGUGCAAUGGCUUGAAAUGGGCGGUGGAGAAGUUGCUGUGUUUGAUGCUACAAAUUCAACUUACGAACGACGAAGAAUGAUUGAAGAGAUUGUCGUGAAACAAAAGAAAUUUAAACUUUUCUUUGUCGAAUCCAUUUGUGACGAUCCAAAUUUAAUUGAGCAAAACAUAAUUGAAGUGAAAGUUAGUAGUCCUGACUACACUAAUAUGAAUACAGACGAAGCAAUGAAUGACUUUAGAUUGCGUAUUGAACAUUAUCAAGAAAAAUAUCAACCUUUGCAUGAAACCGAAGAAAAAGAUUUUUCUUACAUGAAAAUUUACAAUACCGGCGAGAAAAUUAUCAUACAUAAACAUGAAGGCCAUAUUCAAUCGCGAAUUGUUUAUUUCCUCAUGAACAUUCAUAUUACAAAACGAACAAUUUAUCUAACGAGACAUGGCGAAAGUGAACAUAAUCUGAAAGGACUGAUUGGCGGAGACGCUGAUUUGAGUGUUCGAGGUAAACUUUAUGCUGAAGCAUUAGCUGAAUUCAUUAAAGAACAAAAUAUUGAGGGACUAAGAGUUUGGACAUCAUGGCUUAAACGAACAAUUCAGACUGUUGCUGAAGUGAAGGCGCCACAAGAACGUUGGAAGGCUUUAAAUGAAAUUGACGCUGGCAUUUGUGAAGAAAUGACUUAUGAAGAAAUUCAAAAGAAACAUCCAGAUGACUUCAGAGCACGUGAUCAAAACAAAUUCAGUUAUAGAUAUCCCCGUGGAGAGUCUUAUGAAGAUGUCGUGGUUCGUUUGGAGCCCGUCAUGAUGGAGCUUGAAAGACAAGGGAAUGUACUCGUAGUGUCGCAUCAGGCAGUGCUACGUUGUGUUCUUGCAUAUUUUCUUGACAAACCUGCAAGUGAAUUGCCAUAUUUGAAGGUUCCACUUCAUACUGUUAUAAAAUUGACACCUGUUGCAUAUGGGUUUUCAUCGGAGUCAACACUUUUUAAUGAGAAGAUAGCGCCACCAAUUAAUAGUAGCGGAAAUAUACCGAUUAUCAGCAGUACAAAUGUACCUGACAUAGCACCAUCUGUUAGUCCACUAGUGACGACAACAAAAUUGACACUACCAGCAUCGCUAUCGCCGGAAAUUCGUAUACCUGCAUCGAAUCGUCCAGAAAAUAUUUCUGAAAGUAGUGAAAAUGGACCGAAAAUCGAAUGGUCUGACAUUGAUAUUGGUGAUGAGCAAAGAAAUCAAACAUUUAUGCAGAACAAUAUCACACAAAUUGAUGAAGAUUUUCAUGAAUAUUACAACAGCACAGUUGUGCAGAAUGAAGGAUUCACAAAUCUCCAUCGUGAAAGUAUUUAUGCUGAUUGUUCAAAUUUGACAAUCAACAAGUUAUUAUCGAAGUCACAUCGACGUGCAAUGACUGUGAAGUUAAAGUUUGAAUUUCCUUUUUAUGGUCAUCCGAUAACCAACAUCACCAUCGCUACCGGUGGAUUUAUUUAUGCUGGUGAUUACAUUCAUAGUUGGUUGGCAGCUACACAAUAUAUCAGCCCACUGAUGGCAAAUUUUGACACUAGUUUGUCAAAUGAUUCAUAUGUAAAAUAUUGUGAAGACGAAACUUCAUUUCAUGUUUAUUGGGAGCAAGUUCUUCUCCAAAACAAGCCUGAAGUUGGGCCUUUUACCUUCAGUGCCUCACUGUAUAACAACGGUGACAUCGUAUUCGCUUACUAUUAUUUACCAAUCGACAUUAAGUCUAUUGAUGAUGAUAAGCAUCCUGUAAAAGUUGGAGUUAGUGAUGCUUACAUAAUAGAUAAGACGGUAGUUAAUGCCCGUAGGAAAACUAUUUUUGAAUAUCAUCGUGUAAAUUUUGCAGGAAAUCAAAUCACUAAUUCAACAUUAAUAAGAUUAACACCAUUACAAACAUGCCACGGUUUCAAUGACUGCGAAUCUUGUUUGGAAAAUGAAAUUAAAUUUCAAUGUAAUUGGUGUCCGUCAUUAUCAAGAUGUUCGAGUGGAGUUGAUAGAAAGCGACAAGAGUGGACAAAUUCUGGUUGCGAUAGAACACAGAUUUCCGAUGUCAAAAUGUGUUUAGGAUUAGCGAAUAUAACAACAACCACAUCUCAAUCAAAUAUAGAUCAACCAAAAAAUGGCGAAAGUACAUCACAAAGCGCAUCAUCAGUCACGCAACUUGAACCUGAAAAAUCAAGUGCUGGAUUUUUUACUGCCGUUUGUUCCAUUUUAGCGAUUGUUUUCAUAGUUGUUUGCUGGGUAUUUUAUGCUUACACACAUCCACAUACUAGCAGUGGCCAAUUUCUUAUUCAAUAUGGAAGACCAGUUGCAUGGUCUUGGCGACGUGGAGAAGCUCGAUACACGGCAGCAACAAUUCACAUGUGAAGCGACAUUUUUCAAUGAAGUUUCUUUUCAAAUAUCUUCGCAACUAUCAUCACCAUCACACUAAAUUUAAAUAUUAUCCUUUAUAUUUUGUACUUAUAUUCAUCCGAUUUUAUGAUUGGCAUGAUGUGAUUGAUUGAUAGCUUCUUUCAUUCUUCUUUCCCUCCCUUCUUUUACUAAUGAAAACAAUACAUACAAUCUAAAUCAUGAACAUCACGUAAUUCAAAGAUCUGUAUAGUUAUCAAGUUGAUAAAAUGCAAUAUAAAUAACAUAAUUUGAACACCGACAACAUUUAAUUAGCGAAAUUAUGAUAUGCAGGUAUAACAAAACCUCUUCUGUCUAGUUUUAUUAGAUAUCAUAAUCUUUAUUUUCUUAUAUAGAUAUUUUAACUGAAACGUUUACUUGCUUUCUUAUUUUUUGAGCUGAGGAAUCGACUUAAUAUCUGUCAUUCUUCUGAAACAUUCCAAGCAUUAAAUAAAUUUGUUUAAUAAGUUGACUGACAUGAAAAUGAGUCUAAACUUGAAAAAAAAUUUGAUGAUUGUAAAAAACAAGGUAAAAAAGAUAUUAAGUUUUAAAAAAUUCUCCACUACCUAAUUGAUUCCAUUGUUCGAUCACCAAACGCAAUUUGUAGAUUCAUAGUUAAGGUUUUCUUAUCAUAAAAAUUUCUAUUUGCAUCGACUUAUUAACAAUUAUAUUCGAACUUAUGUUGAUUUUAAGAAAGAAAUCAUUCUCUAUGUAUGUACCUAAUUGUAAAGAAAAGAAAUAAGCACGACAAAAAAAUGUUAACAUUAUCUGCAAGUAAUGAAUGUUGUAUAUUUUUAUAUUUCACCAAAAUUUGUUGAUGGUCUGGAUACUCUUAAAUAUAUGUUCGAUGAAUGAUUGACAAAGAUAAGAAGAAAAAUUAUAAUGUUAGUUGAAACCAACAAUAAAAGUAAUACUUUUUUCUACUGUAUUCUAAUAAACAUGAUGCACAAUACGUACCAUGAAAAUCUCAUUUCUUAAAUAGCUUUACUUUCUUUUUUUUUAAACCAAAAUUAUAUGAACUUUUCUUAUAUUACCUACAUGGAAUGUUUCUUAAAAUGAAAUUUUAUCACUGAAGAUGAAAAUUUUAUUCGACUGCAUUUGUCUUUAUAGUGGAGAUGUAGAAAAUUUCAUUGAACUUGAUGAUUAAAUUUUAGCCCUCAAUAGAUGUACAGUAGAUGAAAAAUGUUCUUCAAGUGUUCAUUUUAAAGUAAGCGUUUUCCUGUUCUUUUCAUUAAAAUUAAAAAAAAAUCAACAACCAGCUUGUACACAAGCGAUUGCUUUAACUUCCAGUAAAGUACUAAGAAAAUU